AUAUCAUCUUGAUAUUUACAAAGUCACCAUAGACGCCUUGUCGUCGACAGAAACGUCUCCUCCCACUGAAAGUGUAUCGCCGGAAAUCCUAAAAUAAAUCCAGAAAUAAUGCAUACCAGAACUUAAACUCUCAUGAACUGGAAAUACCAUUAUCCCUCUAACUAUCCAAGCACAGGUUGGUUUGCUAUGCGAGUUUGAUCUAGCAUCAUUGUUUGAAGAAAAAUAAUUGUGAGGUAUCAUUGUUUGAAUUAUCACGAUGGCAUUAGACUUAUGCAUGUGUCAUUCUUUUUGUUUAAUACGAAAAAUUUGGUGGAUUGAGAAAUUAGGAGAUUUUUUUACGAAAAAUGAUAAAAGUAGCUCUCAGACAAUUUUUCUCUAAAAUGUACCGUUGGAGUAGUAAGUGUAUACUGCUUCCCCCUAUAAAUCUGCGCCACAUUUGGCGCCUAAGUUAACAACCUCGGCACCCCACUCGAAAAGGAUGACAUCGGCACCGGCCAUGGCCACCACGGCGCUCUCAGACCCGGAGGCGCUCUCCGGCGACGGCGGCACCAAGCAGCCGCUCUCCCUGCUUGACCGGGCGCGCGACAACCUGUCCUUCCGGUCGGCGUGGUCGGAGAUGAACGGCGCCAUGGGCGACCUGGGCACCUACAUCCCCAUCGUGCUCUCUCUGGCGCUCUCCCGCCACCUCGACCUCGGCACCACCCUCAUCUUCACCGGCAUCUUCAACGCCGUCACGGGCAUCGUCUACGGUGUACCCAUGCCGGUCCAGCCCAUGAAGGCCAUCGCCGCCACCGCCCUCUCCGACCCCUCAUUCGACAUCCCGGAGAUCAUGGCCGCCGGCAUCCUCACCGCCGCCUUCGUCCUCCUCCUCGGCGUCACCCGCCUCAUGAAGCUCGUCUACUGGCUCGUCCCGCUCCCCGUCGUGCGCGGCAUCCAGCUCGCGCAGGGCCUCAACUUCGCCAUGGCCGCCGUCAAGUACAUACGCUACGAGCAGGACCUUGGCAAGGGCAAGUCCGCGGCGGGGAAGCCUCGCCCCUGGGCCGGGCUGGACGGUCUCGUGCUCGCUCUCGCGGCAGUCUGCUUCAUCGUCCUCGUCAACGGCGCCGGCCAAGACAACGUCCAAGGAGCCCAAGAAGAAGAAGAUGGAGAAGGAAACACCAGCCGUUCUACCGGAGGCUGGCGUAGCUGGAGGCGGCGCUGGGCGGCGGCGAUCCCGUCGGCGGUGAUCGUGUUCGUGCUGGGCGUGGUGUUCGCCAUCAUCCGGCAUCCGGCGGCCCUGAGGGAGCUGCGCGCCGGACCGUCGAGGAUGCGGGUGGUACGCAUAUCGCCGGAGGCGUGGAAGCAGGGGUUCAUCAAGGGCGCGGUGCCGCAGAUCCCGCUGUCGGUGCUCAACUCGGUGGUGGCGGUGUGCAAGCUGACGCGCGACCUGUUCCCGGAGAAGGAGGCAUCGGCGACGUCGGUGUCGGUGACCAUGGGCGCCAUGAACCUGGUGGGCUGCUGGUUCGGCGCCAUGCCGUGCUGCCACGGCGCGGGCGGGCUGGCCGGGCAGUACAAGUUCGGCGGCCGCAGCGGUGCGUGCGUGGCGGCGCUGGGCGGGCUGAAGCUGGCGCUGGGGCUGGUCCUCGGCGGCUCCGUACUGCGUGUGCUCGCCAGCUUCCCCGUGGGGCUGCUCGGCGUGCUGCUGCUCUUCGCCGGCGUAGAGCUGGCCAUCGCCGCCAGGGACAUGUCGUCCAAGGCGGAGGCCUUCGUCAUGCUCGUCUGCACCGCCGUGUCGCUCGUCGGCUCCAGCGCCGCGCUGGGCUUCCUCUGCGGCAUGGUGGCGCACGGCCUGCUGCUGCUCAGGGCUUGGACAGUUUCUUCCAUGUAAAAACAACAAACUCUACACAUGUAUACGCACCAGCAAUUCGAUCAAAUACACCAAAUUGAUCAUGUGUUCAGAUAUUA